AUGGAUUCAGACACAGAGAGCCACAUACAAUGGGACGAGCUCUCGAGACGACCGAGCGGGGAGAGCAAUGCCGGCACGGGCAGGUGGACCGGCACGGUUGGCGAACUGCGCAGGCGGAGGUCUUCAGUAGGACAGCAAUUCAGCGCAUUGGGCGAAGUCGGAGGCGUCAACAGCAUCAACAACUUUGCGCGAUCGUGGCAGCGUGCAGCAGGCUUCUUUGAGAUCACCCCCGUGCGACCCUCGUUCCGUCUCGAAGACGAAGACGGCGACGACACCGAAGAGUCCGACUUCACACGCAGCGGGCUUCCGACGCCAGUACCAGACCAACGGUCGGCCCUGCGACAGGCGCUGCAAGAAGGAGGACGCCGUGCAUCCGAUAAUGCCAUAACGGACGAGGAGAAUGGCGCGACGGAGCGGAGCCAGCUGUUGCCCAACACCGUCGAGCAGCGCUUGAGAGGAAGAGGGUCGAGCAUAUUCCAGAUCGAGCCUUCGCUAUCCUCGCCUUUCGGGGCCAGCUACGGCACGGGAUACGGCAGUCUGAGUUCGCGCGUCAACGAGUCGUCCAUGCGCCAUGCUGGCCGACUCUUCACAGAGCAGCAGAUGAAGGGCGUUGCAGAGCCAGAACAAGAACGAGAGCCACUGCUGGUCAAGCAAGUCGAGGAAGACGGACAUAUCAUCAACGUAGUCGUCGGUCAAUCUACCCUGCCACAGACGAUAUUCAACUCGGUCAACGUCUUGGUCGGUGUUGGACUGCUUACCUUGCCACUUGCGCUGAAGUACUCUGGAUGGCUGAUAGGCAUGGUUUUCCUGGCGUGGUCGGCCAUAGUCACUGGUUAUACUGCAAAGCUGCUUGCCAAAUGUCUCGAUGUUGAUGGUUCACUCAUCACCUUCGCUGACCUUGCAUAUGUCUCCUUUGGAACUAAAGCACGGGUGGCUACUAGUAUUCUUUUCUCCCUAGAGCUACUUGCAGCAUGCGUUGCAUUAGUCGUGCUCUUCGCCGACAGCAUGGAUGCUCUCAUUCCCGGUUGGGACGUUUUUCAGUGGAAGAUCGUCUGUGGGUUGAUCUUGAUACCACUGAGCUUCCUACCCCUGCGCUUCUUGUCCUUCACAUCCAUCUUAGGCGUCAUGUCUUGCUUCGGAAUCACACUCGCUAUCUGGAUCGAUGGCCUUGCAAAGCCCGACGCUCCCGGCUCAAUCCGUCAACCCAUGACACAGUACCUGUUCCCGGACAACUGGCUUACCGUACCGCUCUCUAUUGGUCUGCUCAUGUCUCCCUGGGGUGGUCACUCUGUCUUCCCAAACAUCUACCGUGACAUGCGACACCCAUACAAAUACAGGAAGGCAGUCAACGUAACCUAUAUUUUCACCUACAUCAUCGAUGUCGGUAUGGCCUGCGCAGGUAUCCUCAUGUUUGGGGACGGUGUCAGGGAGGAAGUCACAAGCAACAUCUUUCUUACCCCUGGAUUUCCACCAGGCAUAUCGGUCUUUAUCGCCAUCUGUAUCGCCAUCAUUCCAUUAACCAAGAUCCCACUCAACGCAAGACCUAUUGUCAGCACGCUGGAGGUUCUCUUCGGUCUGGAUACGCGCUCUCUCGCCAUGUCCUCGUCCAUUGAUGGCAUGAGUGGCCUUACACGAGGAGCGCUGAAGAUUACUCUACGCAUUGUCACCAUCCUUGUAUUCGUUAUCAUCGCCAUCGUUUUCCCUUCGUUCGAUCGCAUCAUGACCCUUCUCGGCAGUGUCGCCUGCUUCAGCAUUUGUAUCAUCCUCCCGUUGGCGUUCCACUUGAAGCUGUUUGGAAAAGAGAUAUCGAGCGGGGAGAAGACGAUGAACUGGGUGUUGAUUGUUGUCAGUACUCUCAUGGCCAUUGUCACCUUUGCCGUCGAGAACACCCUUUCCAGCUCUACCACCAGCGCUGGACGCCACCCUACUUUCGCCAACGACAAUCGUUUCAAUGGCACAGUCAAGACUACCGAUGACGACCCAUGGACACUGUCUGUCGCCCGAGGCACGAAGCUCCUUCAAGGUAUGAAAGCCAGCGACGCUGAAGCCGCAGCUCUCUACAACCUAGGCGCCAGCGCAGAGAGCGCAUUCGAUGGUGACCUCAUAAACAAGCUACGUGAGUGGGGUUACAACGAUGCCACGGAUGCCCUCGCCAAACAAGCAGACCCCGAAUGCAAUUUUGACAGCUCGAAUGGACACAUGCUGAAGAAGGUCUUCAGCGACCUUGCCAUCUCGACCAAGCCCAAGAGCCAGGGUGGCCCAAACCAAUGUUUCCUAAUUGAGCAUUACGACAGCCCAGCUGUGAAGAAAGGCGAUGACAGCAAGAUGCCUCUUAGAGGCGAUCAACGAUACGACGUCUGCGAUAAAGAAUAUCGCGUCACCGGCGCUGAGCACACAAUCGGUGUCAAUGCAGAAGCGGGCGUCGUGUACGCUAUCAAUCUCUCUUCUGCCGCUAAAGCUGCUCGUCGUCUUUGGAAACGCGCUGCUCUUACGGACGAACUCCCUGCUAUACGCAGCGUCUCGGAUAUCGCAUGGGCCUUUUGGAACCGUGUGCACAGUGACGUGGAGAGCUUACAGAAUAUCAGGUAUCUAUUUGUUACGAUGAUAAUCAACAAAGAGACGAAUCAACACAUUACACGUGCGUUGGGCACGCUGAAUCCACCGAAAGAGGAUGUGGAAGUUUGGCCGGGACAUGAUUUCGACAUGGAGACAGAUGCGGGGAAAGCUUUGCUGGGAAGCCCUGUUGGACGAUGGGCUGGGUACUUUCUCAUGCAACAUAAGAGGCAGUUGGGUGGUAGCAAAUGGAUCUCCAAGGUUAGAGUGUUCAAGUCUGAGAAGGAGGGUAGUUGGCCAUAUUUCUUAUUCUAUGUUGACAUUCCCCCCGCACCAGGAGUAAUGGUGGACAGAUCAAGAGUAGCGGGUUCGUACGAUCGGUCAAGAAUAGUACGAAGGAGUGAGGACGGCAGCCAUGUUGUUCGAGAGCAUGUUAUGAGGAUGAGGAUACCAAAGUCAAGAAGUUGA